CUUAACUUAAAUCUUGGAAUACAGAAGGAUUCCAUAAGAAUGGUACGUGAAUAUUAUAAAGAAAGUAAUGAUAUUGAUGGGACCUUGAAGCAAUUGCCUCGUUAUAUGGUGGCUGAAAGGGCUAUACUGCAGUGUUUGAAGAAAUGUCCUGAAAACUACUUACAAGCUCUAAAGGCUAUACCUAGGACUCUUAGAAUGAUGUAUGUGCAUAGUUACCAAAGCUACUUGUGGAACCAUGCCGCAAGUAUGAGAGUGCAAAAAAAUGGAAUUGACCAAGUUGUGUUGGGAGAUUUGGUAUAUUGUAAGGGAGAAUCUACUGAAAAAGUAACAGGAGUCAGUAGUUCUGAAUGUGAAGGUGAUAGCUGUAAUGAUACAUAUGAGUGUAGCCAACUAGAUGAAAUCUCUGAAACAGUUCUCCCUGAAGAAAAAAGCAACUCCGUGAAGAGGGUCAUCGGUUUGCAUACAAUGAAGGAGUUCGAUUUGAUAAAAUCAAUGAUGAAUCUAGUUUCAACACCAUAUAUGCUUAUGGGCAAUCAAAGCUUGCUAACAAAAAAAGUAGAAAAUGCUAUUAUAUUGGUAAAAAAAUAUCAUGAACGAUUGUGUAAUAACAAUGAAAAUGGGAUGACUGUGAAAUUCAUUAAGUGA